AUGAAAGGGUUCGUCGUGUCUUCAAUUGUCACAGCUUGGGCGGCCAUUGCAGCCGCCGCGCCACCGUUGUCCGUAAAUGGCCACAGCCACGACGACGCACAUGAUCGUGAUCGUGCGCUCAGCCAACCCAAUAGCUACCACGCCGGUACUGGUGCUGGACCUUGCGAUUUGUCGAGUGAAGACACAGGAUGCUACCUGAUUAUGGACAAUAGCGGCUGCUUUUUGAAUACAUCGGACACAGCUAGAGUGCUGGGCUGUGCUGAUUCGGAUCCGACAAAAGCGAUUGAUAUUUUCUGCCGCUGCUGGGGCUGCAACGGCCAGGAGCUGGUCAAUUUUAUGCCGACGCUCAACUGCACGAGCAAGACCGUGAUUCCCACGCCGGCCAAACCAGCACCCAUCUCCGGCAAUGGCACCGCAUCGGCCCCCCAUGGCAACGGCUCUCAUCCGGUUCCAGGUCCUGCACCCUAA